GAGCGGGGCGCAGGGCGCGGGGAGCCCCAGGCACACGCACCGAGAGCCAGCCAAGUUCCGCAGCCCAGCAUGGCUUCGGGGGACCUUUACGAGGUUGAGAGGAUCGUAGACAAAAGGAAGAACAAGAAAGGAAAAUGGGAAUAUCUCAUCCGAUGGAAAGGUUAUGGCAGCAAUGAGGACACGUGGGAACCAGAGCAUCAUUUACUCCACUGCGAGGAGUUUAUUGAUGAGUUUAAUGGGCUCCAUGUGUCAAGAGAGAAGAAGAUUAAGUCUGGGAAGCAGACCAACACCCCCAAAUUCCUAAGAGAAAGCCGAGGAGCUCCUAUCGAAAAACUGUCUCACAGACCUGAAUCAGGGAAGAGUAAAGGGAGUUCUCACAAAAGAAAGCGGAUGAACCCUUCCCUCCAAAAACCAAAAAAGGGGUACACCUCAAAACCCCAGUCAGGAGGGGACAGGGCUGCCAAGACUGUUUCUUACCGAACUACACCCAGUGGCUUGCAAAUCAUGCCAUUAAAAAAGGCACCCAGUGGGAUAGUGAAUGGAGAUGCCAGUCACGAAAAGGAUGCGGGACACUUUGGGGAUGGCUCCCACCCGCCUGGCUUGGAUUUGAAUGAGCCCGAGGGAGAGCCUGAUAUGGCUAACGAAUGUCCAGUUAGCCACGACUCAGUGGUUGCGAAUGGAAUCGGUUCUACUCUGACCAACGGAGGUCUACACUUGCAUAAUCCUGUGAAGAGGAAAAUUGAAGGGGACAAAGAUUACGUCUUUGAUAAGAGGCUCAGGUAUAGCGUCCGUCAAAAUGAGAGCAACUGUCGGUUUCGAGACAUUGUGGUGCGGAAGGAAGAAGGAUUCACACACAUUCUGCUGUCCAGCCAGACUUCUGACAAUAAUGCUCUGACACCUGAGAUUAUGAAGGAAGUGCGGAGAGCGUUGUGCAACGCGUCCACGGACGACAGCAAACUCUUGCUUCUCAGCGCGGUCGGAAGUGUGUUCUGUAGCGGCUUAGAUUAUUCCUACUUACUUGGCAGGUUGUCCACCGACAGAAGAAAGGAGAGUACCAGGAUUGCAGAAGCUAUAAGGGAUUUUGUGAGAGCUUUUAUCCAGUUUAAGAAGCCAAUUGUGGUUGCUAUUAAUGGGCCUGCCCUGGGGCUGGGCGCAUCCAUCCUGCCGCUCUGCGACAUUGUCUGGGCCAGUGAGAAGGCCUGGUUUCAAACACCAUAUGCAACCAUACGCCUCACCCCUGCCGGAUGCUCCUCAUAUACAUUCCCACAAAUCCUCGGUGUUGCUCUGGCCAAUGAGAUGCUAUUCUGUGGAAGGAAACUCACAGCUCAGGAAGCUUGCAGCCGAGGGCUCGUGUCCCAAGUCUUCUGGCCAACUACCUUCAGCCAAGAAGUCAUGUUGCGUGUCAAAGAGAUGGCUGCCUGCAGUGCCGUAGUGUUAGAAGAAUCUAAAUGUCUCGUUCGGAGCUUCCUGAAAUCAGUUCUUGAAGACGUGAAUGAGAAAGAAUGCCAGAUGCUCAGGCAGCUAUGGAGUUCUUCCAAAGGCUUGGAUUCAUUAUUCAGCUACCUGCAAGAAAAAAUUUAUGAAGUCUGAAAGGCUCUGCUCUGGUUUUUGCACCCCCCCUCUGUGCCCAGAGUGAUCCUGACUUCUGGCUCUUCCCUGUGUUCGAAACAUUGGAGCCCAGUGUUCUGGAAAGGAGCUUGUGAAUGUCUCUCCAUACCUAGGCCUGUGUCAGUUUUCCUUGUGAGUCAUUCUGGAUGUUACUGGGUUGUUUCUACGUUGGUUUGAUUUUGCGUGUCAGAUGUGGGGCUCGGCGUUCUCAGCUGGCCCACCUUCCUCAAGGGUUCCCCCAGGGGACUGUCUCUUCCGGGAGGGAGCUCUUCGGCAGGCAGCGUCCUUGGUUCGGCAUUACGUGGCCACGAUCCAGUAAGGCAGCCCCAUUUCUUCCAGUUUUCUCUGUCCUUUUGACUCAGGCUGCGUCAAUGAGGGGGCCGCUCUUUGGAGAGCACCAGCUUUUGACCAGCUGUUACUAUGCUCGGAUGCCAAUCAAAGGACUAGGUCGAGCAUGAUUGAUUCGAGUCUGUCAUCCUCAGGCAAGACCAGCUCAAUCAAUCACAUAGACCCUGCCUCAGUUUCCUUCCUGUUGCCACAAGGAUCUGUGUGACCUCUAGGGCUUAGUCUGAAAAUCCUAACAGAAGUCAUUUACAAACCCAGAUAUUGUAAAUUUAGAAACGUUUUGUUAAAUAUAUAUUUUUCAACACUGUAAGUGGUGAUUCUAAUAAUUUAUGUGUAUCAUAUGUAAAAUUAGUUGGGUUGUUUUUUGUUUUUUGGCAAAAACUACCAGGAAAAAUGUUUUUUUUUCUUUUAAUUAAACUUAUUUAACUUAUUUAUUUGUGUUUAUAUUCAACUGUCUGUUAUUCACAAAGAUGUUAUUUUCAUACUGCCCUGGACCAAAUUCAAAGCUUGUGCUAGGCAGCACAUCUUAGUAAUAAGCCACAAUGAGAGCAAAUUCUAACAGAAAAGCAACAUAGAACUUUUCCAGAUAACAAAUGAAUACUCUGAACUGCUCUCAAUAGGAAACUGUUUCCAGCUGUUAUCUGUUUGCUUUUUUACUGUAGACUCAUCAAAAAGAAUGAUGGUGGGAAAUGUUUCUCUUUGCUGAUUGUCUUUUUGGGGAGAAUUGUGCUUUCUGGCCAAUAUCUUGUCUAAACAUGCUCAAUUCACAGUAACCUGACGUGAGCACCAGGUGGAGGCAGCACCAUUUUGUGAAAUAUCUCUUCUCCAGCCUAGAACACAUUAGCGUGGGACUAAUGAGAGUGUUUGUUCCAUACGUCUUUUGAACGUCUUGGGAAAACAAAGGGGUAGAGAUAUAGAGCUGAAAGGGACCUUUGUGGUUAUUGAAUCUAACUCUCUCAUUUUACAGAUAAAUAAACUGAGUCCUAGAGAAGCUAAGUGAUUUACUGAGACAACUAAUAAUGUCUGAGGCAGAAUUCAGUCCCUAGUCUUCCUAACAGCUAUUGCUGAAUCUCCUACAACAUUCUGUCCAUUGGGCCUUUGAGAACCAUAGGGAAAGUCUUGGCUUUGAUGGGCUAAAUGGGCAGAAGAGUCCCUGAAGGUAUUAAUAAAUACAAUAAAAUAUAAAAUGAAAAAUUAAAGUUGGUCCUCUAGAAACUUUUUUUCCAGAGUUCUGGAGUUAAAGAAGGGAGCAAUAAAUACUUACCCUACUAUUAAAUCUGUUUGAAUUCUAAGAAAGUCUUAUUGUCAGCUUUGGAUUGGCCAUUAAAAAAUCUAGAAUUAGCCACCAGAAGAGAUUUUUCCUCAUUUGCAAGGGGAAAAAUCAAGAAGAGUGCACAAAGGUGAAAAAUCCAUAUAGAAAUUAGUGCAAAAGGUAGGCACUCACUCUAAGAAAGAGAAUGAGAGCCCUCUUCCCCACUUCUCUGCUUAUCUGACUUGCUUUCUUCUAACUUCUCAGACCUAUUCACAUUCCUCCCUCCUCCAUCAGCACACAGUUUUUUAUAGACUGCAGAAAAAAAAAAAAAAAAAACAAUCAAAAUUGGGCAUGUCCAAGAAGGGCUGUUUGCAAAGAGAGCCCCAGCUACAAUUAUUGCUAUAAUUCUUUCCAUAGUGUGACUUUCUAGAAAAGAUUGCUCAGCUUGAUUCGGGAAGAGAGGGCUCCUCAUAAAACCUAUCCCCGGGCUUCUUGACCAAACAUCGGUGAACCAUGUACCUGAUAAGACCUGGCUUCCCCUAAGCUCAAGGGAAGGCCUUCACACCCAUUUUCUUGGUCAUGACCUUAGUCAUUAUUGGGCCAUGCUUUCUUAGAAGUGUACCAUCAGAUAUCCAAAGCCAGAAAACUGAUGGCAGAAUAGGAAAAACAUGAUUGAGGGAUUCAUAGGGGAUCCAUAUAGUCUAGAGAAUAGAAAGAAUAUAGUAAAGACAAUUUUGCCUUCUUCAUGCCCCUCACAACAUCAGGAAAUAUUGACCCAUUGAGUCUUUGUUGCAGACUCAGCUUUGCAAAAAGUGCUUCAUUUGGAAGGACCAACAAAUGAGUUUUAUCCAUCUUGGCUCAAGUACCUUCUUACUGUGGGACAGAUGGCCCAAGAACUAAUUAAUACCUAUUCUUUGUGAACAACCAGAACAUCCGUUGGGUUCUCCGUGGCAGUUUCCUAGAGAGAAGAAGAUCUACUAUUUACAAAAUCAGGGUGGAAAUGGGUUCAUAAUCAAAUGGAAAUAAAUAUUCCAAAACUGAUAGUACUAAAAGAAACAUAUGGGGUCUAUGUUUAAAGGAUUACCAUUUUGUCAGUAGUAGAGUCCAUCCAGCCCCUCAGUCUGGGAAUCCCUGAGUAUUCAUUCAACAGCAAUCUGAAAUGACAUCUGUAUUAUCUUAUAUUUGUUCAAGGUGAGAACGACUUCAUUCAUUCUCUGGGUAUUUUAGAAGAGGCAUGUUGAUAAACCAAUUUCAAAAAUAGGUGCUGUCUGUGACUAUAAUUUACAUAAAAUAAUUUCAGGAAAAACACCAUCAAUGCAGUCAAUUUGAUGAAAGUUAAUCAAAUCAGUUAGGUGUCACAUACUAUCAAGCGACAAACUGAAUUUUUUAUUUUUUAAAUCAUAUUUUAGUGUUUAGUGUCAUAUAGCCACAACCUGUAGAACCACUGGAAAAAUUAACUGAGAUUGAGAACUCUGAGCGUUCUGGGGCUGUAUUCACAAUAAUUUUCUUACAAGUAUACAAAGAUAUCCUUACCUUACAAAUUAGCAUAUAUAACCUAUUCCAUGCUUCUUUGUCCUAUUGUCCCUUUCCUCCAAUUCCUCCCUAGAGUCUGUGUUAUUAUCCAACAGGAUCCAUGCCUCUGGAUAGAGGAGGGUAUGUGCCAGUCAGGAGUGAUGGCCAGCUCCCUGAAGUUUCUCAUUGGAUAAUUUUAGAAUGGGGCUAUAGCUCUUUGCUUUGGACAUGAAAUGACUAAGUCUUUUGUGCUACAGUGGCAAGAGUGCCUGAGUUCAAAUUUUGCCAGUUCUAAAACUUCCUGGGUUUCAAUCUUUUCACCUGUAAAAAGAUAUGGUUAGAUGAAGUGGCCUUCUGAAGUUCCUUAAGCUCUAUAUCUAUACUCUGUAUAAACCUUCAGAAAUUCUUGGUCAAAGAGUUUCUCAUGUAGGAAACUGUCCCUUUGAAAAUAGGACAUUUUAAAAAGAUCUGCAGUUAUUACCAUUUGAGACCCUCUUUGUCCAGUGGUCUCUGUCCCUUAGCUUCCCCCCCAAAAAAAGUCAUGGUCUUCUCUGCCAUGGCUUCUCAGCCAGGCCUAAAUGCCAUGAUCAAUGAAUAGUUGCCCACAAAAAAGUGAAUCUUGAGUCAUCUUUGAAGGAUGCUCUGUUAAAGCUAGAAACCAUUCCUGGCUAAACAUAAAACUCUUCAUACAAAGGAGUUUCAAAGAGGCAGAUUGACCACUAAGAAAUUACUGUAGUAUCCACCCCAAGACAAGCCAGUCUGUCCUCCCAACAAGGGAAGGAUACCUUUGUAUAGAUUCUAGCAAAGUCACACACUUUGUAUAUAACACUAAAACAAUAUAAGGUGCUAGGACACUGAUUUAAAGUACAUGCUUGUUCUUGCUGAUUGAUCUAAGACACAAACAUGAAGCUGUGUUUUAUCCAUAGAAGAUCUAGAGUGGAAAAAAGAAAUAACAUAUCUGAUCUCAUAAUCUUGCUACCAUAGUCCUAAACAUUUAGAUUAAAAAAAACUAUCUUUUACAAAGGAAAAAUAGAAUUUCAUUUUUCAUAAUUGAUUUUUUGGUAAAAACAUGCACACACAAAGACACAGACACAUAUACACAAGUUCUUCCAGUUUUUAAAAACAAAAGCAUCUGAUUGAUGUUCAUGCAAUUUUACAACCUUGUUUCUGUGAAAGUUUUUUUUUUUUUUAAAGAAAACAAAUGGCAACUUUUUUCCAAUCUUUCUCUGGAUUGCCCAUAGGAGACCCAGAGUUUACUCUCACCUGAAUUCCUGUGUUCAUUUGGUGUUCAGGGUGACAUUCUUGUUGUACCUAUCAGUCUGGAUAUCAUCACAAAGAUGUACAGUAUUUGAGAUUACAAAUGGAAUUUUCUUUUUCAGUAUUUUAUUUUAUUCUGUAUAUCUUGUUUUAUAGAACCUUCCAAAUUCUCCACUUUGCCUUUGUCAAUAUUUAAGGGAAACAGUUGGGGGAGGGUUGGGGAGGGGAGGGUCAUCUUGCAUGUAUAUUUUUGUUGUAGAUAAGUGUUGCUUGGUCUCUUUGGCAGAUCUUGGGUUAAAUGCUUUCAGACUUGAAUACAGUAUAUAUUUUGAAAUUCUAAAAUUUUUCUAUUUCUGUGUUAGAGCUGGAUAUAUGCGUUUUAGGCAAUCUUUUACACAAUUAGUAACUGUUCUUUCAACCAAUAGCAUACUGGUUUGGUGCCAAUAGUUCUGCAUUAGAAUCUAAUGCUCUUAAAUGUUAGAGGACACGUUUCUCUCUCUCUUUUUUCUUUCUCUUGAAAUAAUUAAGCUUGAAAUAGAAUUUUUAAAAGUGUCACAUUCUUGAAGAGGUCUUACUAUUGGGUUCCAUGUUUCAACCUUUGUAACUACAUAUGUAGUGCUAAAAAAACUUCCCUGAAGAAAUGCUAUAAAGCGAUUGAUGGUGGCUGAAAAUAGAGCCUUAAGUUUGUUGCAAAAAUGUGAAUACGGGUUGUUUAAACCAAUUAACACGGGCUGUGUCAAAGCAGUGUGACGGAGGGUCUGAUGUUGUGGGUUGGGUUCACGGUCCAUCCUGCGCUGGUUGACCAGGUGGAUGAGAAUUACCUGUGGCCGUUCUAUCUGGCCUGCAAAAGAACCAAGUCAAGGGGUCACCGUCUGGUUGUUUUAACCAACACAGCCAACAUGAAUGCUGUCAGGCUGGGCUUUUGUUUGUACCUGUAUCCUGUUCCUAGCCAUCAUCGACUCGGUGCGGCUGUCUGCGAAGUCCAGUCUAGCCGAGACCGGCGUUCCUUAGAAAACAUUAAUGAUGUUUAUGUAAGAGACUUACUGUGUAGACAAUCUUAAUUAUCUUUCAGCUAAGCAAUCAGCAUUCUGGCUGUGUUCUCUGUGUCUAUCCAAUUAACUAUGUGUGUUAAGCCAUAUUAAGCCUGGGUCUGUAGGGCAUGGGCGAAUUAGACACAAUCCUGUAAGACUGUUCUAGUCAUCCAGGGUCAUCUUAGUGGCAAACAAGGUGUGAGAUUUGUAAGCCUGGACUCACUCUGUAAUUUCCCCCCACGGGAUGGCCAAGAAAACUGGAUGGAACCAAUAUUUUGGUUCUGUCUGGUUAGCCCAAGAUUUAAUAGAUUGGGAUAGCUAACUCCAGAUACAUUAAUAUCCAGCGAACGUUCAAAAUGUGGAUAAAUUGUUUCAUCUUUUGUGGUGACUUCAUUCUUUUGACUAACAAGAAAAAAUACCUAGCUAAUAUUGGUAGUAGGCUAUUUCACUGAAGUUUUUGCCCUAGCUGGUUCUGGCUAAAAUGUAUACACAGACAUGACCAAAUCCAGUGAGAUGGAAAUGCUUGCAUGGACCCUGGGCCCCCUCAAGGUGGCCCUAGGAAGGUAGGAGGGGCUAGAAUUUAUGGCACUGUGUCUGAUUCGCUCUCUAUUUAUUUAGACCCAGUCUUAUUGUCAUUCACCAACUUAUCUCCAUGUUCACAGGAUUGUGAAAAAUUUGCCUUUCAUAGAAACCAAGGACCAAAGAAUUACAUUUCUUCCCCUCUAACCAUUAGUUACAUAGAGAUCACGGCUGUGAGUAUCCGAGACAGACAGAUGAGACUACAGCUCAGUGACAUCUGCUCAGUCCCACCAAUAUUCCAAAUUGUACAGAAGUGGCCCCGGGUUUCAGGGACCCAAACUCACUUUGGCUGGGAUAGGAUCAAGCUGUCCCUGCGAUGGAAACCCAGCCUCCCCCAGUAAGCCGAGUUCUGGUUAUCCCCAGGCUCAUUCAAUCGGCCAUUUCUGAACUGCAAAAGCAGUCUCAGAGGUAGAUUUGUUGCUCCAUCUCUGCUGACUGAGUCAGCCCAAGGAUUGCCAGAUUUCCCCUUCACUUUGUCUUAGGUAGACCCACUUAGAACAACCACAGGACUUUUGGAGGGAGCACGGUCUUCAUUCCCAUCCCACGGCAAACAACAGGUCCGUUCCCAUGUCCUGAAAACAGUACAGAAACCCCCACCCACUGAGCCAUUGAGCAGCAUGGACAAUGAAGCUCCGACAAGCUGUCUAGUAGGAAGGUUUAUUGCCAGCACCCUGGGAUGGAGCAGGCCACCAUAAUUCACCCAACCCUUUGGGGGGGUUGUGGCUCCUGGUGUAUUUAUUGUACACACACCAAAAUCAAAUGAACAACUUUGCAAAUUGAGGCAUUUAACUUAUUUUGCCAGAUGAUCAUAGGAGAGACUUCAACUAGUUUCUGAUAUUUGUCAUUAUGAAUAUUCAAUACCCCACAAUCCCAGGUGCAGAGCCCUUUCUCUUAUUGCUGUAAAUAUUUCCCGAGAAUGGGCGCAGUCCUGAGGGACUUGUAUCUUCUGCUAUAACAAAUAUUGAUUGUCUAGAUCAAAUUCUCUUUGUGAAUGGUCCUGUAACUAGUGUAUGGACACAUUUCUGGGUGCCUUAGAAGUUGUAUUUUUCAUGUGUGUUAAUAUGCAGUAUUUAUACAUUGUGAGAAGCUGCUUUGAAUAAAAAGGUCGAAACUUC